CGGCCUCGGCCCUACCCCGGCCCGGCCCCGUGAUCCGAUCACGGCCCCCGGCCCCAGCCGCUGAACUCAGGUCUGACCCCGGCCCCGCCCCGGGCGCUGCCGACAGAGAGCGCCAGCGGCUCCGCUCGGACCCCCGACCUCCGGUCCCAAGAAGCCCUGAAUUCUUCCCUGCGGAGACCCAGCGCCGUCACGCAACCGGAAGUUGCGGUCGGGGAGAGCGAGGGGGGCGUUACCAACGAGGGGGCGGAGCCGGAAGAGAAGGGGUGAGCUUGUGAGGAAGAACGCCAGAAAAACGAGGCGCUAGGGGGCGGGAGAAAGGCCGAGCCGGCUCAGAAGGCUGUUCCCGUUUUGGAGACGGUACUCAGGAGGUGCUUGAAUUCCUGUCCUCUGGGGCUGGGGCCAUGGGCCCGAGCGGGGGUCUGUAUGGCUGUGACGACCCCCAGUGCUGGAUGGCAGUGCUGGGCUGCUACAAGGAGGCGGUCAGAGCCAAAGAGGGCAAGUCCCGGAAGCUUGUCGCUUUGGAUGCAUGGUAUCAGGAGGAGCUGCCAGUCUCUAUAAGAGAAAGAAAGGAGAAAUACCUAACUCGAGAUGAGUUGGUGAAGCUGAUGGAGUGGAAGCUGGUGAGGGGCAAGUUCAGACCACGACUGCAGCAUUUGGUGGCCACUAACCCGGAGGAACUGGUAAAGCAGUGCACAGCAGCAGCCUUCUCUCUACUACCCAAUGUGGAAGCCGCCAUCACAGAGCUGAGCCAGCUUAAGGCUGUGGGACCAGCCACUGCCUCUGCAAUUCUGGCAGCAGGUGCCCCAGAGACAAUAGCAUUCAUGGCAGAUGAGGCAGUGGCUGCUGUCCCUGACCUCCCCGUGCUCCAGUAUACUCUCAAGCACUAUAUCCUAUAUCUGGACAAGAUCCGGGCCUGUGCUAAGAGACUAAACCAAGUUGAUGCUUCAUCAGAAUGGACUCCUCACCAGAUAGAAAUGUGCCUCUGGACCUGGACUGUGGCCCAAAAACUGUGUCCCACAGUCUUGCCUCCCCUUUCUUGGAAAGCCCCCAAAGCCAGGGAAGGUGCUGAAGAUGUUAGACUGUCCAAGAAACGAAAAGCUAGUAUUCACUGAUCCUGGAAGUCUGUAUACACUUCACCCAAGAGAAAUACAUCAAGUCACAGUAACCUGCAGCCAGACUUCUAUCCUCUACUUGUGUCCAUUGAGGGCUCAGGGCACAGGGUAGCCACUGUCAUCCAUUAAAAUUGCCUUCUAUCCCAA